AUGGGGAAAAUCUCCAGAAAGCCGCUGCCGGCUGCACCACCACCACCACAACCACCUUCGUUAGCAACGCCAACCUCAACGCCUACAUAUCCAUAUAACUGGGACCGUUCAGACAGAUUCGCCCAUGCGCGGCCCACGGUGAAUAUGAGUGCGCCCGAGUCGUACCAGCUCGAAUCGCUUUCUUCCGAGGUGGACGCCGGGAAGCCUCCUUCGCCAACUACUUCCAUCGACCCGUCCCAGGUCCGCUGGCUAGAGAACCAGCGUAGUCGCGGCUGGGAGGUCUGCAAGAUUAUCCUGCGCCUCAUCGGGCUUCUUCUUUGCACUAUUGUUCUGGUUAUUUGCCUCGCCUGGUAUUCGGCUCCGCAACCCGAUACGCUGUUCUCAGUGUGGCCUGGUCUAUGUCUCUUUGCUGCUCUGCCGUCUUUCUUCUGGGACCUGGCCGAGUUUCUCACCAUUUGUGCCCGUCAUGGCCGCGGCAUCACACCUAAAGCUCUCAUCGGCGUCGAGCUCGUCUUCGGUACCCUCUCAGCCGUCGCCGCCGGCUGGGUAUCUCUCCAGCUCACAUGGCAGAACGAAAACUUCGGGGGUAAUGCCGUUCUUUACCCGCUCAACCUCGUCCUGACGGAAUGCAUCUUCAUGGGCAUCAACGCACUGAUUCACGCAUUCCUCUUCUUCCGCGCCUGCAUCGAACGACGCCGCGAGAUCCGCCGCCGCAGACCGAGGGUCAUGUUCUUACCCGAAACCGGCCAAACCGUCUACGUCGUCGCGAAGGCGUUCCCCAAACAGCCGACGUGGCGAUCGCAGUAUUCCGCCCGCACGCCGUCGUUCCCGCUAUCGCCUCAGAGCCCGACGAGCCAGACCACGACCAACAGCAACGGAUUCCCGCAGCAACCGCCGCCGCGGCUGCGCGUCGAUGUGCCAAAGUCGCCGCCCCAGCUCUUCCCGCCAGAGUCCCCGCCGCCGCUACCGGAACGUCCGUCGGCGGUCUCGGCUAUCAAGAGGAAGCCCGUCAGGGGAGUGCCGCCGAACAUCGCGCCGGGAGAUAUCGAUCGACACUUGCGGCCGGGCAUGAGGCCCCCGCCGGAAGAUUACGAGCCUGACGAGGCGGAGCUGGAGAGGAUGAGAAGGGGAGACGCGCAGCCGCAGCUGAUUAUGCCCGGGGACGUGGACUUGAAGUUUGCGACGAGCGCGACGGGCAUGACGCCGGCAGAUGCGGAUUCGAGGGAGGGCAAGUUUAGGGUGAAUAAGACGGCCAUUUUGGCCUCCUUGGGGGAGUCCUCGUCGCAGGGGCACACCAGCGGUAGGACAAGGUCGCUGUAG